GACUGCCAUUAAAAAAAAGAAACAGUCGGCCACGCUUGCCACAAAAAUCAUUCCGGGGGAUCUUUUACAAAAAUCCCCCUUUUCAUAUUUAUUCCAAUAUUACUGUAAUCUUGUUUUUAAUUAAAUAAAAAUUUCAUACAUAGAACAAAAUUUAGAAUGGCAGAUCUGGACGAUUUUUUCGCUAAGAAGGACCGCAAAAAGUCUAAAUCGGUCAAAAAGUUCGCCACUGCUGACGAACUCGCCAAAAAACUUGACGAUACAAAACAGAAAGCAGAUGUACGACCGAAGAAGGAACGUCCACCUCAAGAAGGGGAGGAGGCAGGCAGAGCAGAGGAGGAAGAGGAAUGGAAAGACUAUGAAGAGCCAGUGAAGGACUACACAGGUUUGAAGAUCCAAGUUCUGCAGGGCAGCUCUGGACAGCCCGAGUCGGGCCGCGACGCCUCUUCAGAAGACUCUGCGCCCGAGAACUCCAAGAACAAGGGCCCGUGGAACAAACCUGUGGAGGCGGAGCAGGCGCCGGCGCCCCCGCCCCCGGUGGAGGAGGCUGCGCCCCCGCCGCGGCAGCAGACCACGGCGUACGUGCCCCCGCAGUCGCGCCAGCGCGCCGCCGAGCCCGUGCGCAGGACUCACGCGCAGCAGAAGAACGCGCCCGACAUCACCAACGAUGAUUAUUUCCCCGUGCUGGGAGCGGCGGGCGGCAAGCGGGGCGGCGGCUGGAGCACAGCGGGCGCGGGAGCGGGCGCGGGCGCGGGCGGCGGCGCGACGCGCUCGGCCGGCCGCCAGCCGCUCGCGCUCGGCAACCGGUUCACCUCGCUGCAGGACGACAGCUAGCCUGGCGCUAGGGGGCGAGGUAGUACCCGAGCGGGCAAGGGGGAUGCGGUAAAGUGAAGUGUCAAUACGGACUUGUAAUCAAAGCCUGGCAUAGCUAACUAACUUCUAUAGAACGAAUCGUCACGCAAACGCUAACACAAGAACAAUAUGCUCACUUCCUGUUCAUAUGUAUAAUCAAUCUAUUCCGGGAUGUCCAUUUGUCUUUUGGUGUACUGGAAAAAUGUCAAUCUAUGGUGCAUCACGAAAGAGUACAAAAUAAAUGAGGGCGCUGUAAUCACUUGUGCAUAUGGUAACACUGUGUUCUGUCAUCCACUUGGACUGCAACUACCUUGAUACUUGAUAAUUGAUAUUUUCUUACCAGUAUAUACAUAGGUAAUAUUAUGUUCUCAUUUUAAAAUAGAUGAUGUUUUGCAAAUAACAUUAUUAUCAUAUAAAAAUAUAUUUGAAAAAUACUAUCUAGCCCCAAAGUAAGCACCAUGUGUUAUGGGUACUAAGAUAUUCAUGAUUUACAUUUAUUAAAUUGAAAUAAAUUCAGGUCAUCUAAAUUAGUUAUAUUUAUUGUAAUUUGUCUGGUAAUUAACCGAAUUUUCACUAUGACUUUAUAUAUAAUGUCUGAUAAAAGUAUCAAUAAUGAUUGGUUGCUCUAUAAUAACAAAUCUUUGUGAUAAUGACCUCAGACCAAUUAUUGUAUAGGACCUGCCUCGCUAGACGUUACUUUUCUGUCAAAGUAUAUGAUCAACGAUCUAAUGCGAUUAUAAAACCUGUCUCUAUAUAAUCUAUGUUAAAUAGUUGUAAUCGUGUUAGUCGGUUAAAGAGCUCCGUAAAAAUAUCUUUCUGUCUAAUUGAUUGGUGUAAAAAACGGGCAAAAACUUCUAAUUUAGUAUAAGAUAUAUACCAAAUCUAAGCUCGUUUUCUUCGGAAAAUGACACAAUUUUGUUCGUGACUAUGAGUGCGAUACAGGUCCUGCUAUAAUUGGUCUGAGGAUAAUGACAGUAAAUAUGGUGUUGCCACACCGCAAAUUUAUUAGUUCCAUUUAUAUUAACUUCUACUCUUUUAUGUCACACUAUACAUUGGCCAAUACACUUUAUGUUCACUUAAUUGUGGUUUCGAAGCACCUCCACUGCAUGAUAGCCAAUAUAUUGGCCAAUGUUGGACCAGUAUGUUGGUCAGUGUGUUGGCCAAACUUUAUAGUGCAGUAACUGCUAUAUCAAAAGCCAAACAGACUUCCAAGAGUUGUCAAACUAUACUACGGUUUAAAUAAUUUGCUUCGGCAAGAUUAUAUAACAAAUGUUUUUUUAAUGCCUAAAGUAUUUUAAUUAUAUGAAUGUUGAACUGACUAUGAAUUAAAAAAAAAAUAAACUAAGGUCUCCCACACACUAAUAUUGUCAAUAAAGUAGGGUAAGGUCAGGAUUAGGUUUAAGUUGUACCUAAUAAGUGUAAUAUUACUUUCAAUGUUGUACAAUGUUGGACAACCUUGUACUUUAUUGACAAUAUAUUAACAAUAUUAUUGUGUGUGUGGAGCCACAAUAUUGCCGAGUGCGUAGUUUAAAUCGUAGUACUGUACUUAUGUGGUACACACUGGGAUAAUAAACGUUUAAAUGUCAAAUUAUUCUUUAAUAAACAGUCCGGCCGCUCAGUGAUUGCGCUUCUGAUAGGUCGUGAACGAAUGAGCCAUGUAACUUCGAACUGGUUGUGGUGUACAAGGUUGUUGGACUGCGCUGUUUCAAGGUUAUGCCAACUGUUUUUCUUUGUAGUGAUGAGACAAAUAAUAAGUCAAUUUUGUAAUUGAAUAUGUUUGUCCCCUUCGAUCAUGACCUGUCAGAAACGCAAUCUCUGAGCGGCCGGACUUUAAUGACCAAUCAUUAAUUGCAGUGACAUGUUUAAUUACAAAGUUGUUGUACUAAUUGGACUGCUCGCACAUAUAAAACUGUCAAUAUUAUUAUAAAGAUACACCUAAAGAAAUAAUAUAAUUAUAAAAAUAUAAAACAAAAACGUUUAUUAUCCCCGUCUGUGCCUGUUAUUUUUUUUAAAAUUCCAUUCCAAAACUGUAAACAAUUGGACAGUUGUUCUAAAACUUAAAACCAUUAUUUAUGCAAGUCUGAAUGACUUAAUUAAAAAAAUAAAUGAAAUUAAAAAGAAUGAUAGUUUGUGGUUUGUAAAUAAAAAAAGAAUAAUAAUUAAUAAUAUUUAAUGUGCGUUAAAUUUGAUAAAAACCGCUAUUCAAAACAUCGGCAACUGUCCUAGUGUGUAAUUGUAAAAGUAUAGUUCCAAUGGUGGUUGCAGACUGUACCACAACCGCAGACUGCUAUAAGUGACACUUAUUGUUUGUAAAAUCUAUGCAAUUUAUCCCCCGCGUGAUUUCAUGUAGCAAUUUGAAAGGGUUUGUGCAGUAUUCUAGCACUAGAGCUGUCUGUGUGUGCUAGGUAACUGUACUGUGCAAAGUUUAUAGGGUAAAGUACGAAGAAUCGUGUCUCAGAGCUGUGCUAAAUGCGUGUGAAUUGAUUCAUUUGUUGUAUAUUUCUGAGUGAAAGUAAUCUCGAAUCUUUCACAACUUGAUCAUCUAUCAACUAAAGUUUGAAGCUUGUCAAAGCCACUAAAAUAAUCUGGGUAACUCACUUCACUGCAGUAGAGGAAAGCCGUCUGCGUAUUCGGAUUGCAAUCUGCAACUACCAUCCGAAUCAAUGCUACCAACAUGGAAGUGUGCAAUUACAAUAAUUUUUUUAUGUUUAUAUUGAAAAACUUUACAUUUAUAAAUAAAUAAAUCAAAUAGUGUCUGUUGUGUGAAAGAAUAGCAAAAUGUUUUCUUUUUUUUUUCUAAACGGUGAAGCAUCGACCAGACUCAAGUGCUUUUAUGAAGCGUGGUUUAAGAAAAACUAAUGAAUGGAAAUUACUUAUAAAGAAAUAGAAACAUUAAUGAAUAAGUUCGAUUUACCUUUACCAAGGGUUGCCACAUUUUACGUGAAAGUUAAAUAAUAUGAUGUAUUUAUAAUAAUUAUAUUUAUUGGUCGAUAGGUAUUUUAUUUAUAGCUUACAAAAUGGUACUAUGGUAUUGUAAUAUUAGUUAGCGCAUUUUAAUGAUAACUUUCAACACUGUUUAAAUAAUAAUAAUAAAAAAUACAUUAAAUAGUAAAAAUAUAUUAUAUUUUUUAUUAACAGUCGCUUGUAAAUUAUAAUCUACUGUUGCAUCCUAAAAUAUAUAUCUCAUCGAUUUUAAUGGAUUAUUGUGUCUCUUAAUAUGGUAUUGCAUAUAUCAACAAAAGAGUAUUGUAUUUUUACAAUAACAACUUAAAAAUGUGUAAAAAGUAAAUCCCAUUGAGAAAUCUUUUGUUUUUAAUUAUGCAUUUUAAAACAUACCAAACGAUAUAUGUAGAGUUCAUUAUCUUUGUAUAAGUUCUUGAUGUUUCGCAAUCAACAGGGAUUUGAAGAUUAGACCCGCCACAUGCCUCCAAAGUGGGUUGGCGGAUAUAAUUAUUAUUUUCGUUUUUAUUUUUUAAAACUAUUGAAUAGUAAUAGUGCAUAGAAUUGAUGUAUAUUUGACAUAAUAGAACUAAAUUAGUGACUUCAAAUAAUAUGUGCAAAUUACGUCAUUUUAAAAACUUUCUAUUACUUAUUAAAGUAUAAUAAGAAUGACAGUAAAGACAGUAUGUAAGUCGAAAUUCGACCACAAACUUAAUUUAGUUAAAAAUGUAUCAAAAAUGUUUGCAUUGAAGGAUAUACUGCCUUACUGCACAUAAACGAGAUAAAAACCAAUUGAAAAUAAUUAUAUUUGAAGGACAUCAUAAAAGAUACUUAAAAUGUUUGAUUAGUAUUUUCUGAGCUCAUUAUAUAUUAUUUAUUAGAUUUUAAGUUUGUUUGGUUGACAUUCAAAUACUUUGAUGUGGAAUUGCAUUUUUUUACAGUACUGUUUGCUGUUUCUUUUGUAUUGUUUCAAAAUAAAUGGUCACUCUAGUUAAACUAUAUUUUGAGGGCCAUAGUCCUAGGAAUGUUGCCUAGUAUAGAAAUUUGGUGCGUAAACUAAUAAAUUAAAGUGGAAUGUGGCAACCCUGAAACUUGAUAACAUCUUGUUGUAUUGGAAAUAUAAUGAAACACUAUAAAAUAAUUCAAAACAUAUUGUACCAUAGUAAUAAAUUAUGUAUUUAAAC